UAGUACUUCGUUUAUCUAUCGUUGAUAGAAUAGCGUAUAUAUUCCAUGUCUCUCUCCUGCACUAUACACAACACACAUACACAUAUACAAAACGUCACACGCAUACAACGCGGUACCGUACGGCGAGUUACGCAUCCGAGUCAGUGGUUUCCGCAGUUUUUCGAUGAUGGCUUAGUGGUGAUGACGGCGUGCUGGACACUGUAACGCACCGCCCGAGAUCGGUGAGUCCGCGAUUGUUAAUUAGCGAUCACCGGCCUCAAUUUCGUUGACGUUGGCGAGGCGAGAUUGACGGAAAACGACAGGCGUGCGAACGAACGAGAAAGAGAGAGAAGGAGCAAGAGGGAGAGAAAAAGAGAGACGGCUCUCCAAAUACGUUGCAACCAUGAAGCUCACUGUGUGCAUUAUUUCCAUGUUGGUGCUGGGGGCAUCAGCUAUAAUUCAAUCGCCGCCACGGAUAUCCAAACAGCCACCAACAGACGAACAGUUGUUUCAAGUGGCCCAGGCUAAAAUCAACGAGAAUGAUAAACCAUUUUUAAUUGAAUGCGAAGCGGAAGGAGAACCAGCUCCAACAUAUCGUUGGAUUAAAAAUGGGAAAAAAUAUGAUUGGUCAACGUAUGACGAUCGCAUUUCUCAACAACCUGGUAGAGGUACUUUGGUCAUAUCAAGACCAAGAGACGAAGAUUUAGGGCAAUAUCAAUGUUUCGCGCAGAACGAAUGGGGUAUAGCCACAUCGAACUCUGUGUUUGUUCGAAAAGCCGAAUUGAAUUCUUUCAAGGACGAAAAUCCGUUAACUUUGAGCGCGACUGAAGGUUCCCCCUUCAAACUUACCUGCCAACCACCCGAUGGUUGGCCUAAGCCAAACGUUUAUUGGUUAAUUCAGGAUAUCGCUGGUGGUAUCAAGUCAAUCAAUAACUCGAGAAUGACUCUGGAUCCAGAGGGUAAUCUCUGGUUCAGCAAUGUCACAAGAAUGGAUGCCUCGGACGACUUUUUUUAUGCCUGUGCUGCCACAUCUGUGUUCAGAAACGAAUACAAAGUAGGCAAUAAGGUUUUGCUAAACGUAAUUUCUACAGGCGCAUCCGCCGGUCAAAAUAAGUAUCCUCCCGAGAAACAAUAUGUCAGCAGGAAAAAUGAGGUCGCUCUACGCGGCAAGAAAAUAGAGCUAUAUUGUAUAUACGGUGGAACGCCCUUGCCGCAAAUCGUUUGGAGCAAAAAUGGCGAAUUGAUCAGCCCGGGCGACAGGAUAACUCAAGGUAACUACGGCAAGUCUCUCGUCAUAAAGCAUGUCAAUUUUGAGGAUGAGGGAAAAUACACUUGCGAGGCAUCAAACGGAGUUGGCAGCGCCCAGUCGUACUCGAUAAACUUGAACGUGAUGGCCGUCCCGUAUUUCACGGUCGAGCCGGAAUUCGUAAACGCCGCGGAGGAUGAAACUGUGGAAAUUAGAUGUGAGGCCAGUGGAGUACCCGCUCCCGAGAUCAAGUGGAUACACAAUGGCAAACCGAUAUCCGAGGCGCCGCCAAACAGCAGACGGCGAGUCACAUCAAAUUCUAUCGUCAUAGAAAAGCUUGUAAAGAAGGAUACGGGUAAUUAUGGAUGUAACGCUACCAACUCAUUGGGAUACGUUUACAAAGAUGUGUACGUGAACGUUCUGGCGCUCGAUCCGGACAUCACGCAACCACCCACGGACAUGAGCACAGUCGAUGAUAAAACUGUGCGAAUUACGUGUCGCGUUUUCGGCGCGCCCAAACCCGAAGUCAAGUGGAUCAGGAACGGACAAGAGUUGACUGGUGGUCGUUAUAAGACUCUGGACACGGGCGAUUUGGAAAUUGAGAACGUGAUAUUCGCAGACACCGGUACUUAUACGUGUCAUGCCUCCAAUAAAUUCGGCGAGGUGAAGGCGUCCGCUGAAUUGGUUGUGAAGCAACACACUACAAUAACGGACGAGCCGGAGGAUUACGAAGUCGCUGCGGGUUCCACUGCCACAUUUAGGUGCAAUGCUGUUACUGAUCCUAGUCUACCACUGACCAUAGACUGGUUGAGCAACGGUGAACCAUUAGACUUCGAGAUGGAACCCAGAUUCAUACGGAGUUCUGAUUACUCUUUGAUGAUCACAAAAACAACCGAAUUGGAUUCCGGUACUUAUACUUGCGUCGCACGCACCGAUCUGGAUGAAGCGAGAGCGCAAGCGACAUUGAUAGUUCAAGAUGUACCUAAUGCACCGAGAUUAAUCAACAUCAAUUGCAUGACCUCGGAAGCCAACGUUCAAUGGAUGCCCAUGGGCGAUAACAGAGCACCCAUUCUGCGCUAUACUAUUCAAUAUAAUACUAGUUUUACGCCGGAUGUCUGGGAGAUAUCCAAAGAUUACGUUGCUGCCAGUGAACAGAGAUUAUCAGUGCCUAUGUCACCGUGGGCUAAUUAUACAUUCCGUGUUCUCGCGUGGAAUAAGAUAGGUCCAUCUUUACCAUCACCGCACAGCGAAAUUUGUACUACUCCAUCGGAUGUUCCUUAUAAAAAUCCAGACAAUGUGAUAGGCAAAGGCACUACGCCGCAAAAUUUGGUUAUCUCGUGGACGACCAUGCCGCAGAUAGACCAUAACGCUCCCAGAUUUAUGUACCGAGUGUAUUAUAAGAGAGAUAUACCAGGUGAAAGAUGGACUAUACAAGAUAUAAAUGAUUGGAAGAAAAACAAUCUGCUAGUGGAGAAUCAACCUACAUAUCAGAAAUACAAGAUUAAAGUCAUUGCGAUAAAUGAGAAAGGAGAGAGUAAAGCUACGGCCGAUGAAGUUAGCGGAUAUUCCGGAGAAGACGUACCUCUACAAGCACCAGGUAAUUUUACACUGAAUCAAGUAAAAUCAAGCACUACUGCUCAGCUGUCGUGGAGUCCAGUACCGGAAGAAUCAGUGAGAGGUGAGCUACAAGGAUACAAGAUUCAAACGUGGACGGAUAAAGAUGGCGAGAAGGGAAUGCGCGAGAUUGACAUUCGUGGCGGCAAUAAAACGCAUGCGUUGGUCACAAAAUUUGUUCCGAACAGCAAGAAUAAUGUGAGGAUACUCGCUUACAAUGGCAGAUACUCUGGUCCUCCGUCCGAGACUUUGACCUUCGAUACACCAGAAGGAGUCCCAGGAUCAGUACUCAGUUUAGAAGCAUUUCCCAUGGGAUCUAGCGCUCUAUUUCUCGCAUGGACACGACCCGCGGAGCCGAAUGGUAUCUUAACCGGAUAUAGGAUUUACUAUCAAGUUGUGAAUGGCACAAAAUUAGGAACUCUACUCGAGAGGAAGCCGCAUGUUAUAAAUCCGGACGCCACGACUGCCAAAUUAGCUGGAUUAGCGCCUGACACGAUAUACCGCGUUCACAUACGUGCCACAACCAGGAUUGGUGAAGGCAAUGACUAUUUUAUUGAACAAAAGACACGAACGUCUCAACGACCUGACAUUCCACAAUUUAAAUGGGAACCUGUACCAGUGGAAAAUGGAUAUUCCAACGUGAGAGUGAUUUGGUUGCCGAAUUUAAAUGGUAAUCCAGGCAGCCAUUUCUUUGUUAAAUAUAAUCUUAAGGGUGAAACAAUAUCUUCGACGACUGAUCCCGAAUUCUUGUUAAAGUUUAUCGAGGUUCGCGGUCUUCAAAGCGGUGAAGUUUAUGUAAUGUCGAUUGUUGCUGUCGACGGAGAUUACAUGACUGAAAGUGCUCCUCAAGAGGUAGAGACGAGCAGCGCAGGACCCAUUAUUCAACCGAAAGAAAAUGUUGCAACGGCUGGCUGGUUCAUAGGAAUGAUGCUGGCGAUCGCUAUUCUCCUCUUAGUGCUAAUAAUCGUUUGCGUAAUUAAACGAAACAGAGGUGGAAAGUACGCGGUGCACGAGCGAGAAUUGGCUGCUGGACGCGGUGAUUAUCCUGAGGAAGGCGGAUUCCACGAGUACUCGCAACCAUUAGACACCAAAUCGGCUGGCGGACGUGCAUCUCUGGCAUCAUCUUCUCAUCAGGAUGGUAAACAUCCUGAAUCCGAUACGGAUUCUAUGGCAGAGUAUGGCGAUGGUGAUACAGAGGGCAUGAACGAAGAUGGUUCUUUCAUUGGUCAAUAUGGCCGACAUCGUAAGCAGGAACCAAAUUCGCAGGCAUUUGCCACUCUAGUCUAAGGCCGCUUCACUGAAGAUGGAUCCUUCAUCGGACAAUACGGACCUAAAGGUAGGCCAGAGGAGACACCACCAAUUCCGACUGGUACUAUGGCCACGUACGUGUAACAUCCGCAACUAUGUUAAUCAAAGUCGCAUAAAAAAGAAAAAAAAAGAAAAAAAAAACGUUUUCUCGUUACGGUUAAGGAUCCGCCCGAUCCUUGGCUACUGCAGCAGCUCUGCUAUGCACCUUGCGCUGGGCGCAAUGUCCAACACUAUACUGCCAAUUAGACUCAGGUUUUGGGUUUUAUAAUUUUUAUAAAAGAAAUCGUGGCUGUAUUUUAUAUAUUCGAGAUAUUUUACAUAUUCGAGUAUUUUCGUAUUCCAGAUAUUCAUAGAUUUCCGAUACGUAAUAAGCAAAUAUUACUUUAUAUUUUAGUUUGUGAAAUAUUAAAAAUAUAUAUCUUUUUUUUGCAGUUAACAUUAUUGAUAUAACAAGAAUAGAUCAGAAUAGAUUAUGGAUUAUUAUUCUCUUCUUCAUUCUAUUGUCAAGAAUGCUGAUGUGUAUGCAUCACAAGACAGCACAUUUCUAUUUUAAUUAUAAAACUCAAAAGCUGUAGGUGUUUCAUAACAUGCAAGCUAUUUAUGGAAAUAGUAUUGUAGAACUAUUCUAGCAUUGAUCGUAAUAUUUGACAGAGCCAGAUUGAGUUGGACACGCCGAUUGACAAGGUAUACGAAUUAUUCCAGACUUGCGAAAUACUUUUAAGACUGCAUGUAGUAUCCAAUGUUUCGCAUAAUGCGCGUGUUGAUUUCUAAAUUUAUCGUAUUUACAUCUUUUAACAUAGCAUCGAGUGCUGCAAUUGAAAGAAAGAUUUAGAAAUUAGUUCUGUUAAGAAUAAACAUUAUUGUUUAUCCGAUACAAGUAUUUGCGCAUUUUUCUUAUCAAACAAUUUAUUGCUUUAUUUAUACCUAAACAUUUACAUUAGUAGUUUUGUCGUGUAUUGGAAAUUUCUUCUGUUAAAUUACCGAACUGCUCUUCAAAAAUAUUUUCCACUUAAUAAUAUCCACUUGAAUCACGUCCAUAAAGAGAGAUUUCAUAUUGAGAUAAUUUAGA